AUGGCGUUAAAUUUGAAAGUGAAAGUACACCCUGUUGUGUUGUUUCAAAUCGUGGAUGCGUAUGAACGUAGAAAUGUCGAUGCUCAUCGAGUAAUUGGUACAUUGAUGGGUACGGUCGAUAAAGGUGUAGUUGAAGUGACCAAUUCUUUUGGUGUCCCUCAUAAAGAAUAUGAAGACACUGUUGAAGCUGAUAUUGUUUAUGCAGCAGAUAUGUUCAAAAUGAAUCAAAAGGUCAAUAGAUCUGAACAAAUUGUUGGAUGGUGGGCUACAGGUAAUGAGGUAACUACACAUUCAUCAACUAUACACGAGUAUUACUUGAUGGAAUGUAACAAUCCAGUACACAUCACUUUGGAUACAACAUUGAAAAACGAUAAUAUGGGUUUGAAAGCAUACGUUAGUACUCAAAUUGGUGUUCCUGGAGGUAAAACUGGGAAUAUGUUUAUUAAUGUACCAAUUGAAGUUACAUGCUAUCAACCCGAAACAGUUGGACUAAGCUUGUGCCAGAAAACUGUAGCUGUUGGACAGAAAUGUCAAGAACCAAUCGCUGAGCUGGUACAAAUUGAAGAGGCAUCAUCGAAAAUCUCAGAUCUAUUGGAGGUAGUUUUAUCUUACAUUGAUAAAGUGUUGGCAUCGAGUGAUUGUAAUGCAGCUGACAACAGUCACAUUGGUCGUAUAUUGCUUGACCUGAUGCACAGUGUACCUCAUGUGACACCUGAUCGAUUUGAAGAAAUGUUCAAUUCCAAUGUUAAGGAUUUGUUGAUGGUUAUUACUUUAUCUCAGUUGACCAAGACCCAAUUAGAGCUCAACGAAAAACUCACAUUACUCAGUUUGUCAUAA